UCAGUGGUCACUGGCAGGCGUCCUUCGAAGGAGGUGGGGGCGGGGUAUCCCCGCCGAUAGAUGCGCCCGCACAAAGCAGCACGUUUUCUCAUCAAAGCCCUGGAGAGAGGGAAGAACGAGCGCUCAGCAUUUCGCUGAUUUUCAAGUGCACACUGAGCAGCGCGUCAGGCAGUUUGGGUCAGAACGCGCCUGAUUCGGACUUCGGGCGAAGGCAGAGGCCAGCACGGGUCACCGAUUCAGAGCCGGGGGCGGGGCCGACCACACACGCUGUGAGACCCUGAGGCCGAGGAGCCGCGGGUUAGAAAAUGUGACCCUGGCGACCCCAACGCCCCCGCCUCCCUCCCUGCUGCUCCACCUGCACGAGGAGCGCGCCGAGCCGCCGGCGGAGGCGAUGGCCAGCCCCGCGCCCUUAGUGGCCUCCAUCAGCCACCAAAUGGUGGCUCUGCAGACCUUGCAGCUGCUGCAGCAGGAGUGGGGCUGGGGGGACAGUCCAGGCGCCCCCGGGAACCCGCGGGACCCGGACCACGUGUCCACCGCUCCAGCCCGUCGCUCAGGCCCGCCGCGGGCCCGGCCAGGGCCCUGGCGCGAGGAGCGGGGCGGGGGUGUGGGGACCAGGAAUCGGGGGACCGCGGAGCGGACGAGCUCCCCAGAGGAGGAGGUAGUGCGGGGCGCUGAGGGGGGCGCCGAAUUGCUGCCCUUUCCCCGGGACCGCGGGCCCUGCACCCUGGCCCGGAUGGCGAUGCGCAGCGCGCUAGCCCGCGUGGUGGACUCGACUUCGGAGCUGGUCAACGUGGAGCAGACGCUGCUGGGGCCCCUCCAGCAGGAGCGGUCCUUUCCCAUCCACCUGAAGGAUAGUGUUGAGUUUAGAAACAUCUGCAGUCAUUUGGCUCUACAGAUUGAAGGACAGCAGUUUGACAGAGACUUGAAUGCUGCCCACCAGUGUUUGAAGACAAUAGUCAAGAAGCUGAUUCAGUCACUUGCUAAUCUUCCUUCAGAUGCCCACGUGGUAGCCUGUGCUUCCUUGAGACAGAUCUUACAGAAUCUCCCAGACAUAUGAGUGUCAAAGGUAUUGGGAGUAAAACCACAGCCAGCACUGUUAAGAGAACCAGAUACUUUCCUUCCUAAUUGGGUCAGCAGACAAUGGAUGUUUUUAUAUCCAAAGGGGAAAGACUUGAUGGCAUGUGAAACAGUCUGAGCAGUGGCAUCUGUAGCCUUCAGGAUUACAGCAUGUUAGUGAAAUUUUUUUAAAGCAGUAGUUCACAUUUUUAAGUAUAUUGACCUAUUUGCUGACUUUCUGAUUGAAAUACAUUCUACUUUGUGAAACUGAUUUGAUUAUGUAUGUCUAUAUUUAUUCAUAUUAAGUAUUAGUUUUUAUUGAAUGAUACCUUAAUUUGUAUUCAUAUUAAUGUAGGUCUAAAGGGUUUAAUGUGGUUAUUUAUAUAAUUAAAGUUCCUUGGCUCUUAAAAUGACCUUGAAUAAAUGAGAUAUUUGAUAAUUGCAAUGUUCUAUUAAUACUUACUGGACACUUCCUUUUAUGUUACAAGAAUGACCUUUGUAGGACUACAUGUUUCAGUAAUCAUGAGUUUCAAUCCUGACAUUAAUAACUUACUGUUGACCACAAGAAGAGUUGCUUCGAAACCUUGUGCUUUUAUAUACUAAUUUAAAAACUUAAAGUGAUAGUGAGCUAUGAUGUACCAAUCAUGUAUGAUAUGUAAAUACAAAGCACAGUAUUAUUAAAAUCUCACAUGGAAAAGUCUAGCUCUUACUGUUUCUAAAUAUUCUGAUUGAAGUAGGAAA